AGUCGAUGAUUGGGCAAGAAGUAACAAACUCAAGAAAAAGCUUUGGUUCUUCAAACAAACGCUAAACAGUAAAUAGUAUAAUGCAUUCAUAAUGCAGCGACUAAGAAAUUUGAGAUCAAUCUCAAAUUCAAUUUCCGCUGCAAACCUUAAACGCAAAUCACGAAAUUCAAUUGCUGCUAUUCAAGAAACCUUUCACUCCACCAAAGAUACCUUCGAACGACAUCGUAUUGUUUUCACUGUCGGAACUUCCAUCGCUUCCGUCGCAACUGCUUUCAUCGGUUAUUCGUUGCGUCAUUUACAUGAUACCAGAGUUGAUGAAAGACUUCAAUCCAUUGAACGUGCUAUGAAAAGCAAUGUAAAUCUUCAACAUUCUGAAAUUAAAGAUAUUGUUGGUCGUCCUGGAAGUUGUAGUAUUCCUGCUUGUGUAGCUACUGCCGGAACCACGUUACUUAUCGGGUAUGGCUUGGGAUGGAGAGGUGGAAGCUGGUACACAACAAAGAAGUUCAGAAAGGAGCAGAUGAAACUACUGGGACAGAUUAAACCUAGAAGAUGGCAAAUGCUUGGGAACAUAAAACCUAAAGGGUGGCAAUUCAAGUUCCCUAGAAGAUCCAAAGUGCCAGAUGCUGCAGUGAAAACAUCUGAAACAAUAAUAAAGGAUGCAUUUUCCACACAUAUUGCUGGAAAAACCGCUUAGAGUUAAUUCAUGAAUUAGUCUUCCAAUCAGAUAAACAGAGGAGCAGUAUAGUUAUUACCAACGAGUCAGAUUUUCACUGGUAUUAUAUUAUUUUGGCCUGCAGUUCCUCUCCCUUUAGCUUCACAUUCUUCAUCCUUCAUGUUGCUACUAGAAAAACAUUCUUCAUCUGGCAUGUGAUGAGUGUCUAAGAUACUUGUGUUUUAUUUUGAUUAUUAACUUUAUAACGGAGAAAAUACACACUUAAUUUUAAAGGCUGAACUCACUUUCGGUCUUGCAA